UCAUGCAUGGCGAUUUGGGGCUCCAAUUCAGGCUAAUUAGGGCACUCUCUUCUUCAUUGCCAACCAACUACUGCAAUAAGAUGUGAUCUAGUGGACUCUCCUCGCGUUUCCCUUCUCGAUUUUCAGCUCGGGGUUUGUUGACCCUGUUACAAGUUCGGGGAUUUUUUGUGUUUCAGAUUUCUAGGGUUAGGGUUUUGGAGUCAUGAAGGCUACCUUGGAUCGAACCAAGGUGGUGCUCCGCCACUUGCCUCCGGCUAUUUCAGAGGCCACGCUCGUGGAGCAGGUAGAUGGGGUCUUCGCUGGACGUUACAACUGGGUCUCCUUUCGUCCGGGAAAGACCAGCCAGAACCAUCAAUCCUAUUCAAGAGCUUACAUAGACUUCAAGAGGCCAGAGGAUGUGUUGGAAUUUGCAGAUGUUUUUAAUGGGCAUGUGUUUGUUAAUGAGAAAGGCACUCAGUUUAAAAGUAUUGUUGAGUAUGCACCUUCACAACGUGUUCCAAAGCAAGGGUCUAAAAAGGAUGGUCGUGAAGGGACUAUAUCCAAAGAUCCUGAGUAUUUGGAGUUCCUUGAAUUUCUUGCGAAGCCAGUUGAGAAUCUUCCCAGUGCAGAGAUACAAUUGGAGAGAAAAGAGGCAGAACGAGCAGGUUUGGUGAAGGAUGCUUCAAUAGUGACACCUCUAAUGGAUUUUGUGCGACAGAAAAGAGCUGCUAAGGUUGUAUCACGGAGGUCAUCAUCUAAUGGGAAACUAAGCAGAAAAGCUAGUGGUUCAUCCAGCGGAAGUCCAAGUUCAGCCUCAUCCAGGAGAGGUUCUGAGAAAAGAAGGGGUUCUACUUCUACUACCAUGUAUGUUAAGAGGAACUCCUCAAAAAAUGCAAGCAGCAAAGACAAGUCAACUUAUAUUCUGGUUCCCAAACGGGAUGAACAGAAGCUUUCAGAUAAACCUGUUACUCUUGCUUCAUCCACUGGAACUGGAGUACUGGAAGAGGAAAGUGGAGUUUCUGGAAUUGCUGAUGGUGGUAAAAGGAAAGUCCUACUUAUAAAGGGAAAAGAGAGAGAAAUUUUCAAUAUGUCUGGAAGUAUGUCGCAUCAGCAGAGCCUCACAACUUCAGUUAAAAACGUAAUUGAUUCAACUUCUACCAAGCAGAACUCAAGGCGUGAAGGCAGUGGAAGGGUUAUUAGAGGCAUACUUUUAAAAGAUGGUCGUCAGAGUCAGACUGCUGGUGUCUAUUCUGAGCAACCUGUUCAAUCAUCGAAUUCAGAGAAGGACAAACGACCUCCUCGACCCCCUCAAGCCCAGGUGGUUCUGAAGGAUACCAAUGGUGCCCUAGAAGAUAAGGCUGUUGGAAAUGAUUUACAUGGUUUGUAUAAUGAGAAGCAUGAAAGACGUGCCAAAAUCAAAGAUAAACCUGAUCGUGGUGUAUGGAAUUUUCGCCGCUCUGAUGGUUCCUAUGCAAGUGAUGAGUCCUUGUCAUCCUCGGCUUCUCAAUCUCUGCAAAUAACUUUCGAUUCUUCUGAAGCUUGCUCAGGGACUCAGAGUGAUAUGAAAGUUGAUAUGUCAAAUGCACGGGGUGGGCAAAUGAAGACUGCUGGAAGUGGACGUAAUAGUUCAUUAGAUAAUGGCUUCCACAAGCAUGUUGGUCGUCGUGGACCAGUUGCUGAUAGUUUCCCUUUAAGUGAUGGGAAGUCAUUGAAAAGAGGGGGUACUUCUCAUCAUGAGGUGGUUACAAUUAUAAGCAAGUCUGGGUGCAGAAGUCAAGUUCCGGUUCUUAAUGAAUUUAAAUUGUGAAUCUCAUGAUCAAGUGAAAAUGUGGAGCAUGACCUUUGCUUUAGCUGGAGGCUAUGUUGACUCUUGCCAUGAUUAACACAUGGCUGAAGUGUAAACAACAUUUCAGCAGCAAAAUAGAGGAAGUUCAGUUGACGUAAAUGAUGCAGAUAUCAUGUAACUAAUACUUCGUUGGUUGAAAUCCUGUUUGUAGUCGGAAACCACUCAGAAAUGAAGGAACAAGAAAUAAAGAAAAAGGUUAUCAUUUCUAUAGUCAUACAUGACACCACAGUUUUUCUCUUGGCGCCCGUGAUGGAUUUUGCUUGUGAGAGGCACCAUGGUAAAUGCUCUCAUUCUUGCCAUUGGCCUAGCUGGAGAUCAUGGUAUCCUUUAGCUGACUGUGAAUAUAAAGGCAGUGCUCUGUCUACUAUCUGCUUUCUAGGAUUGUUAUAUAUGUCUUGUUGAGUAAUAUACAAUAUGAUUGGUGAGCCAUUUGUCCUUAGCCCCUAGUAUUUCAAGGGCUUUGUAAGGGAGGGUUUGUCCAGGAGAAGUGGAGCUGGGACCUUUUGCAGCCCAGCAACAGAAUGUUUUGAAUCUUUUGACUGUAGAGCAUUGGAGUGAUACUACAUUGAUUAAUUGAGUGGAAGUUUACUUGGUUCUUGUUUAGGCCCUGUUUUGCAGUGUUACUUACUGAUUUUGGACAUAGCUUUCCUGCUAUAUACAGUGUAUACAGUUUAUUCACCUUAUGAGAUCAUACUUUUGCCUCUCUACAUCCUAGCCAUCCUACUCGAAAGAAAUAAUUUAUCUUGGA